UGAUCUCGGUUGUUCUAUCCUUUUUAUCAGAAUUGAGUGGUUUAGGGUGGAGGUAGUUGGGAGUUGGAGCCAGAGAAUUCGAUACUUAAGCUGUUGAGUUCCUUUGGUUUCUCUCAUUAAAAUUCUUCAUUAAUUAGCGUCUUAUCCAGUCUGAACAGAUAAGAGAGUUCACUACUUCAUCUCGUGUCCACUAUUCAAUUCUAAAAUUCGUGUUGUGACUAUUAGCUUCAUUUUCGAUAAUUAAAAUUUUUUUAUUGCAACAAAUGAAAUGUCUGGAGCAGUGGGACACCUGACAAAAUUUCACAACUGUAGAAUAUUGAGAGAUGGAGAAAUUAUUCAUGAGCACUUGUGGGUUCGCGAUGGGAGGUUUGUGGACCCGGAGAAGAUUUUUUACGGCGAGAAGAUUCAACCUGAUGAGAUCGUUGACUGCGGAGGAGCUCUGAUAUCCCCGGGGUACAUCGAAAUGCAGAUUAAUGGUGGGUAUGGCAUUGAUUUCUCCCACAACAUCGAGAACGUGGAGGAGGGGAUCAGCAAGGUCGCUAAAGAACUCCUAGGCCAUGGAGUGACUUCGUUCUGUCCGACUUUGGUGACCUCGUCCCCUGAGGUAUAUCGCAAAGUCCUUCCGAGGAUCAAGAGGACCGAUGGAGGGCCCCAGGGUGCUGGGGUUCUGGGAGUCCACGUGGAGGGGCCCUUCAUUAGUCCAAACAAAAAAGGGGCACACGAGGAAUUCUACAUCAAACGGUUUGACAAAGGCUUCACGACUCUCAUGGAGGUUUAUGGAAGUCUGGAUAACAUUUGUUACGUUACUCUCGCUCCAGAGCUGAGCCAUACCUGCGAGAUUAUCCAGGAACUGUGCGAUAGACAGAUUAAAGUUUCUGUAGGUCAUUCAACUGCAAAUCUGAAGGAAGGGGAAGAGGCAGUCAGGGCUGGGGCUUCCUUUAUCACUCAUUUGUUCAAUGCAAUGUUGCCGUUCCAUCAUAGAGAUCCAGGUCUAGUGGGUCUCUUGACUUCUGAUCAAAUUCCCCAGGAGAGAAAAAUCCAUUAUGGAAUAAUCGCAGAUGGUAUUCAUACUCAUCCAGCUGCUUUACGAAUAGCUCAUCGAACUGCUCCAGAAGGUCUUGUGUUGGUGACCGAUGCUAUUUCCGCCCUGGGGCUUCCGGAAGGUCUUCACAUGCUUGGACAACAGGAUAUUGAGGUCAGGGCCGGACGGGCGUACAUUGCCAAAACCAAUACUCUUUGUGGAAGCACAACUGAUAUGUCUGAGUGUGUGAGAUUUUUCAAACAGGCCACAGGUUGCACAACAGUAGACGCCCUGGAAGCAGCCACUCUGCAUCCAGCUAGAGCUCUAGGUCUCGAAGGACGUAAAGGUGUCCUCGAAUACGGUGCAGACGCAGAUUUUAUUAUUUUGAAUGACAACUUGGAGGUGCUGUCAACCUGGAUUGCUGGAGAACGCGUUUACCUGAACAAGAAAUCCCUAGCUUCUGAUCGAGUCGAACUAGCACGACAAGACAUUCAAUUAUGACAACCCCAGCAUAUAUCUUUAAACAAUUGACAAUGAAAAAUUUCUACUUGAAGAUUUACAACUAUUUUUCUAUGCAAUGAUAACGAUUUUUCGAGGUUUUUACAAUGAUAAAACCAUCUGUUGCUCUGUUGAAUGUUAUAAAAUAAAGAGUGUGAUAUGAUUAA